GCCCCGAGGAUUGUCAGCCAAUUAUACGCAUUAAAAUGCACAGUAGUUUGGCAGUUCGUAGCGGGUUCUUUUUCAAGAGAGCCAUACAUAGUAGUGGUAAGAAGCUUUACAAAAAUGGAAGCAAGGUAGAAGACUAUAGUACCCAAUCACUCAGCUUUCAGAAUAUGGAAGGCCAAACAAGUAGAGCUGGUCUAGCGCUCCAAAGUUCUUGGAAGCUGUUCUUUCCUCGAAGCAGAUAUGAAGCGACAACCCUUGAAACUGUGGAGAGAAACUUUUUGGAAGCUCUGGACGAACAAAAAGACAGCUCUUGGAAUCCAUACGAGAGUAACAGCUUUAUUCAGUCCGAGGAAUAUGGGACAGCAGACACGGUUUCUCAGUUGGGAGUUUCUAUGGUUCACUCUCAGUGUUUUUCAAAGAGGCUUGGUUCGGAACUAUCUAGAGCAUUUGAUUGUGGUUCUUUAUAUAACUAUUUUGGUUCUGAAGAAAUGGUACACCAAGCCUCCCCGGUAAAGAAUAUUUCAGACACAAGACCCAAAAGGAGCCCUGAAUAUUGGUAUUAUUAUUGUACUUAUGAAGAUAAUUCUGUAAAAAGUCCACUAGUUCCAGGGCUGAAAGUCGAAACUCAAGCCGUUGCUGACAGAUUCAGUGCAGAUAUAUUUUCGGCUGUCGAAAGAUAUAACCAACUGUUUUCGGAAGUACAGAAGCAAUCUUUCAAGUACGUUCCUGAGGAAGAAAGUGACAAUCAAUCCAAUUAACAUAUUAUUGUUUGUUAUCCUCAUGAUACAUGUGAUCUUUUGUUAGUUGUCUGCUUCAAAGACACAUCGUGAAGAGCUUCUUGUAAAGCAAUAGUAUUUUCAGAAAAUAAAGAACUUGACAACAAC